CUGGGCGUGGUUUACUGCAUCCUCGCCCAGUUAAAUGCGGAAGUGAGACGCUGACAAUCUUAAACACCCGAGGAGAGAAAAUUAAGGUUUCCUUCUGAAGUGUUUGACCUGUCAGGUCAAAAAUAAUAUAACCAUGUGGCCAAAUCAAGGACCUAACCCUCCAAUAGGCCCACCAAAUCCUGCCUACCCUCCUGGCUACAACCCUGCAUAUCCUGCUGGACCCUCUGCAGGAGUCUUCCCUCAGCCUCCAAACGCAGCAUACCCACCAUACCAAUACCCAGCUGGUACAAACCCUGGUCUGGUACCACAUGCACCCCCAGGGGCGAUGCCUUAUGGAGCCCCAGGACCUUAUCCUAUGGCUCCAGGUGGAUAUCCAGGGGUUCCUCCUGCAGGUUGUCACCCAGGUCCAUACCCACACUCUCCUAAAGGGGGCCACCACAAAGGCCAUGACAAAGGCCACCACAAAGGCCAUGAUAAAGGCCACAAAGGCCAUCACAAAGAUCAUCAUGGAGGGAUGAAUCCUAUGGCUGGAGCUUUCGGUGGAGGAGUGGCUGGAAUGGGAAUGGGAAUGGGGAUGGGGAUGGCUGGACACAAGUCCCACAAAAAGAUGAAGAAGAUGAAGAAAGCACAUAAAGGGGACAAGCAUGGACACCACAAACACGGCAAGUCCUCCAGCAGCAGCAGCAGCAGCAGUAGCAGCAGCAGCAGCGACUGAGGCCGACAGUUCAAGAAACAUCUUCCGCAGAAAUGCUGCUUCACAAACGGAUGGCCUAACACCUAACCAUAUGCACACACACGUCAUUCUUAUCACCUUUAACAGGAUUUCUGUGCACUGUGUAUUUAUUAUUUCAUCAUAUCUAGUAUGGGCUAUUUAUAUGUAUGUGUGAAAAGCUUCACAGCAUCUGUCUGUAUUGAUGUUCCAUUUUGUCAUGAAUCUAAUCCUAACCCUUUUUUUGUGGUGUUCAUGUCAAACAUUCUGUAGUUACAGUAAACAUACUUAAAGACUACUUUGAAAACAUAUUGAAAUAUUUGGAUGAGAGAUUGCAUCAUUAUGCACACAUUCAGGAGUUGCACAAGUGUACAUAGGCAACUAGAUUCAAAGAAUGAGGAAGGGUUAGGGUUAAGCAUUUCUAGGUGCAAUGCUGAAAUCUGUCACUGUUUUCUCUGAAUAUUUCCACUCAAGUCUUAUAAAAAUGAAAAAAUUCUGAAUCAACUUUUUGAAUGCUAAUUUUCAAACAAAGCUGAGUAUGAAGUAUCUAAAAACUUUAACCUGCAAUUUCUCUUAAAGAAGUUCAGUCACUAAUGGACACUAAUGAAACUACUGAGGAUAACAUGACCUGGAUAACUGAGAAUCCUCACAUAUAUAUCAAUGUGCACAGGUCUUUCUUAAUUUACAGUUUUAAUGUGGGUUCUUGGAGAAAAUGUAACGCUACGAUUAAGUUAAAAAAAAGGAUUUCCUCUGGAAGAUUAACCUAAAGGUGAUACAGAUAAUGAUUGUCUUUAUCUACCUCUGCCUGAUUUUGUUCUUGAUAACUUUUCUUUUCUAUAACUGUGCAUGACAGUAGAAAAAAACAACAUUGUAUUGAGAUUGUAACCACACAUAAAGAGCCUUAAUAUAAUUCUGCCAAAUAAACAGAUGGAAGUGA